GGUUGCUUAUGUCGAAGAUUGGAAGCCUCCAUGCCAUGGAUGGGCCUUAGGUUGGCCUUGUUCGCAAUGUGCUGACAUGCCGGCUGGCGAUGCCAGGUUCUGCGAGGGCUGCGGGCUGGUCCGGAGCGAUGCAGGGGCUCGCCUGGAUGAGAUCAGAGCUCAGCUGGACGCUGUGGCCACGGAGCACUGCCAGGCCGUCAUGGGCGGCGCGCCGCGGCCGGACCUUGCCGGCAUACCCGGCCUUUUGGCGGAGGUGCAGCGGCUGCUGCCGGACCUGCCUUCCUCCGAGCGUGCGAAAGCAGACAUGAUGAUGGGCUGUGGAUGGCACAUGCUGGGCGAGGAUGAGAAAGCCUUGGAGCCCCUCUUACGCGCAGUCUCCUCGCAGGGCCUGGCAGUGAGUGACCACCUCUCCGCCAUCCUAGUGGUCAUGCCACUUCUGCGGCAGCGUUGCCGUUGGUCACAGCUGCUUCAAGCAGGUGAGAAAGCCUACGAUCUGGCUGGGCGCUGGGUCGAUCCUGUCUUGCCCUUCAUGAAGGGCGUUGCUCUGUCCAGGCUCAACUGCAUGGAGCAGGCUGCUGACUGUUUGGAGGAGGCGAUCCAGAUGAAGCCCGGGCUGAAACAGGCCCACCUCGAGUUUCAGCAAGCUGCCGCUGAGCUUGGGGACACCCAGCGCUGCAGGCGGGUGGCCCAGCUCCUGGUGGACCAUGGAGGCUACUGGGUGAGCAGCCUGCAACGGCCGCUGCACUUUGACCCCAAGGUGCGAUCGCAGCCAUGGCAUGACCCUCGGAGAUUCAAGCUUGUCCACGCCCUGGAGGACAACUUCGGCGUCAUUUGCGCGGAGCUUGAGGCCAUGGAGCGCAGGUGGGGCAAGGUGGGCUCCGGGCACCGCGGCAACGAGAACUCGCGCCACGACGCGGAUUUGGUGACCGCCGGCGAGUGGCAGGAGGUGGUGCUCCUGGGAGACUCGCAGGAAUGCCAGGACAACUGCGCCAGCUGCCCAAGGACCUCCGAGCUUCUGCAAAGCUUCCCCGAGGUCGCGAGCUGCGCGGCCGCAAAGCUCGGGGAGUCGUUGUUCUCUCGGCUUCUUCCUGGCACACGCCUUCGAGCCCAUUGUGGGCCCACCAAUCUGCGGCUGACAUGCCACCUGGGUAUUUGCAUACCCUCUGGCUGUGAGAUUAUUUGUGGUGGCGAAGCUCGCCGCUGGGAGACUGGGAGGUGCCUGGUCUUUGACGACUCCUUUGAGCAUGAGGUCCGGCACGAGGGCGCGGAAGCCCGCACCGUGCUGCUGGUGAACUUCUGGCAUCCCGACGCGGAGAUGCCGGAAUGGCCAAAGGAGCCAAAGGAGCCAGCUGCCUGAGAGCCGGGGCCCAUCGAUGCC